AAGUUAAAACCGAGAACAGCUCCACAUCAUCUGCAGUAACAAAGCUUGCAAAAACAGGAACAGCAGCGUCUUUCCUGAAGUGAAUACAACGCAAAUGAAGAUUAGAGUAAGGAAGGCUGUGGUAUGAAUGAAAUUGGAGGCUACCGCAAAGAAAUCCUUCCCUCACCCCUCAGCCACCUCCGUGCCUCUUGAUGAUUCGGCCUCGUGCUGAGUUUUCUCUUAGAAGACCGGGACACCAGACUCUCGCUACCAGCACCCAGACCUUACAAGAGAUGACCAGGAAACUAAUGCUGUUAUUCUGGCGUGGUUGUGUUGUGCUCAGAUUUCUCAGUCCCUGAAAGGGGGAUUCAGUGCAGAGUGUAUGGAUCCACCUCAAGGAGAGCCCCUUAGCAUACAAAGAGCAAUGAUGAUCUUUUAGCUGGGAUGGCUGGAGGGAUUAAUAUCAGCAACGGUGUCAAAGGAAAGAAGAGCGUUUGUACCUCAACAGCACCUUCUGCUGCAGGGGCCACAAUGAAUAGUGUGGAGAAUAAAUUGAAGUCUACCACAGGUACAAAUUCUGCAGCUAAACGUAACACUUCAUCUGGAAGUAAGGAAUCCAGUUCUUCUCGGGAAAGAAUUCGUGACCGUUCACGAUUGACUCAAAGCAAAAAAUUGCCGCUGACUGGGCAGGCAAGCAAUGAUGUCCUUCUUACAAAACGUUCCCGUAGCCGUGCUAAUCAAGAUUCUGAUGUUCGAAUGAGCAAGUCAAAGUCAGACAAUCAGAUUAGUGAUAAAGCUGUUCUAGAGGCAAAAGUGAAAGAUCUUUUGAUGCUAGCCAAAACAAAAGAUGUAGAGAUCUUACACUUAAGAAAUGAGCUAAGAGAUAUGCGUGCUCAGCUAGGCCUUAAUGAAGAUCAGUUUGAGGGAGUUGAAAAAUCUGAGGAUAAAGAAACUAUUGUUGUUCACCAGCCAACUGAUGUAGAAUCCACAUUACUGCAGUUGCAAGAACAAAACACUGCCAUACGAGAAGAGCUGAAUCAAUUGAAAAAUGAAAAUCGGAUGUUAAAGGAUAGGUUAAAUGCAUUAGGCUUUUCUCUGGAGCAAAGGUUGGAUAAUUCUGAAAAGCUAUUUGGCUAUCAGUCUCUGAGCCCAGAAAUGACAACUGGAAGCCAUAGUGAUGGUGGAGGAACUCUUACAUCUUCAGUAGAAGGUUCUGCUCCUGGUUCAAUGGAGGAUCUUUUGAGUCAGGAUGAGAAUACUUUGAUGGACAAUCAACACAGUAACUCCAUGGAUAACUUGGAUAGUGAGUGCAGUGAAGUUUAUCAGCCACUCACUUCAAGUGAUGAUGCUUUAGAUGCUCCGUCAUCUUCAGAGUCAGAAGGAUUGCCAAGCAUAGAAACAUCAAGAAAAGGGAGCAGCGGUAAUGCCAGUGAAGUAUCUGUGGCUUGUUUAACAGAACGAAUACAUCAGAUGGAAGAGAAUCAGCAUAGUACAGCUGAAGAGCUUCAAGCAACUCUUCAGGAACUCGCAGAUUUGCAGCAAAUUACACAGGAGCUGAACAGUGAGAAUGAAAGGCUUGGAGAAGAAAAGGUUAUUCUCAUGGAAUCCUUGUGCCAGCAAAGUGAUAAGUUGGAACACUUUAGCCGACAAAUUGAGUAUUUCCGCUCACUUUUAGAUGAGCAUCAUAUAUCAUAUGUUAUUGAUGAAGACAUGAAAAGUGGACGGUACAUGGAGCUAGAGCAACGUUAUAUGGACCUUGCAGAGAAUGCACGUUUUGAAAGAGAGCAGCUUCUGGGUGUCCAGCAGCAUCUAAGCAACACUUUGAAGAUGGCAGAACAAGACAAUAAGGAAGCACAAGAGAUGAUCGGGGCAUUGAAGGAACGGAAUCACCACAUGGAGCGAAUUCUUGAAUCAGAGCAGAAAAGCAAGGCUACUCUGGCAGCUGCCUUGGAUGAGUACAAAGCUACAGUCUCCAGUGACCAGAUUGAGAUGAAUCGGUUGAAAGCACAGCUGGAACAUGAGAAGCAGAAAGUAGCUGAGCUGUAUUCUAUACACAAAUCUGGUGAUAAAUCAGACAUACAGGAUUUGCUGGAGAGUGUCAGGCUGGACAAAGAGAAAGCGGAAGCAUUAUCCAGCACCCUACAGGAAGAGCUUGCUCGGACACAUAACGAUGCCAAUCGCCUCCAGGAUACCAUUGCAAAGAUAGAAGAUGAGUAUAGAGCUUUCCAAGAAGAAGCCAAAAAGCAAAUUCAGGAUCUGAAUAUGACUUUAGAAAAGCUACGCACAGAAUUGGAGGAGAAAGAAACAGAAAGGAGUGAUAUGAAAGAAACCAUAUUUGAACUGGAAGAUGAAGUCGAACAGCAUCGAGCAGUGAAACUCCAUGACAAUCUCAUUAUAACUGAUUUGGAGAACACGGUUAAGAAGCUUCAGGAUCAAAAGCAUGACAUGGAAAGAGAGAUCAAGACUCUGCACAGGCGACUUAGGGAAGAGUCUGCAGAAUGGCGGCAAUUUCAAGCAGACUUGCAGACUGCUGUGGUCAUUGCAAAUGACAUAAAAUCUGAAGCACAGGAGGAAAUUGGAGACUUAAAGCGCAGGCUGCAUGAAGCUCAAGAAAAGAAUGAAAAGCUCACAAAAGAGUUAGAGGAAAUAAAAUCACGCAAGCAAGAAGAGGAGCGCGGCCGAGUUUACAACUACAUGAACGCUGUUGAAAGAGAUUUAGCAGCUCUGAGGCAAGGCAUGGGCUUGAGCCGCAGGUCCUCCACGUCUUCGGAACCGACUCCCACUGUCAAGACACUCAUCAAGUCCUUUGAUAGCGCCUCACAAGUUCCUAGUCCUGCUGCAGCUGCGGUUCCUCGAACUCCAUUAAGCCCAAGUCCUUUGAAAACCCCUCCGGCAGCUGCCGUCUCUCCAAUGCAGAGACAUUCCAUAAGUGGACCGAUAUCCACUUCAAAACCCCUGGCUACUUUAUCAGACAAAAGGCCAAGCUAUGCAGAAAUUCCAGUUCAAGAUCAUUUGCUGAGAACUACUUCUGCCAGCAGACCAGCUUCUCUGCCAAGAGUUCCAGCUAUGGAAAGUGCCAAAUCCCUCUCUGUGUCCCGCCGAAGCAGCGAAGAAAUCAAACGGGAUAUUACUGCUCCCGAUGGAACAUCUCCAGCCUCCCUCGUAGCAAUUGGGACUGCUUCGCCACAACUGUCCCUCUCAUCUUCACCAACAGCAUCUGUCACUCCUACAACACGGAGUCGAAUAAGAGAGGAAAGGAAAGACCCUUUGUCUGCUCUGGCAAGAGAGUACGGAGGUUCCAAGAGAAAUGCUUUACUGAAGUGGUGUCAGAAGAAAACAGAAGGCUAUGAGAACAUUGAUAUCACAAACUUCAGCAGCAGUUGGAACGAUGGCCUGGCUUUCUGUGCUGUCCUCCACACUUACCUCCCAGCACAUAUUCCCUACCAGGAGCUGAACAGUCAGGACAAGAGAAGAAACUUCACACUGGCUUUCCAGGCAGCUGAGAGCGUUGGCAUCAAAUCCACUUUGGAUAUUAAUGAAAUGGUACGAACAGAGCGCCCGGACUGGCAGAACGUUAUGCUGUAUGUCACAGCAAUUUACAAAUACUUUGAAACCUGAGAGCGGAAAUAGUGGGAAGAAGCAGAAACUCAAGACUAUACCCUAAAACCAGCUGGUCUCUUCUGGUGGACCCUUCUGGUCGGUUGGGUGAGGAGGUUUAGUUACCAGAGUGUGAUUGGGCAAACUCAAGAUUGUUACAAAGAUUUCGUCCUUUUCUUGCCAGAGACUAAACUGAAUAUAAGCUGCAGAAAGCACAAGGCUAAAGAAGGUGGUCUGAUUGUAUCACAAAGACCUUUCUUUAGAAAAUAUUCCUAAAGGUUCAGUAAAUAUUAUUUUUGUGACACCACAAUGCCCCCCAGAGCAGAAGCAGCAGCUCGUCAUAACCUUGUCAAAGCCAUAUAAUAUCUCCAUCUCUUCAGCUAAAAGAAGUGCAAAGGUGCUUUUUCCUUGCCACGUUCACUUGAUUGAAGACGGUGUCAAAUCUGGGCCACGCGCAGCAAACAAGAGCGACAGGCCUACUUGGCCAAAGAAUCAGUGUCUUAAGGCCACCUCUUCCGGAGUGUUGAUCGUAAUAAAGGCUGCUGCCUCAGUUAACAGGUGGAAGCUGGGAUAACAUGUAGAUCAUCCCCAAAUUUCAGAAGACUACCCUAUGGAGAUCAGUUGACCUUUUCUUUUGGAAAAACGCCUUCAGAAGAAUUAAGUUUUUUCUUUUUGAAUUUUCUUUUUUGGGUGGUGCUCUGGAUAUGCUUGUUUCAGAUGAAGAGAAUGUUUGGGUCACAGGACAGGAUAAGCUCUUCAAGAAGUGUUCAGCGUUUUACAGUAAGGGCCUCGCCCCUGCGGAGUGUGUAGGUUAGCUGGUAAAAGCUGCUGCUGCUGCUGCAUCCUGGGUUCAAUUAAAAGUGGCUUCUGUGGGUUUCCUCUGCACAGCUUAUUUAAAUCAGCAGCGCACAUCCUGCAGAGGGCCUGGCAGGCAACGCUUUUCAGACUUAAACUAAUAGGUGGGAUUCAUGCCGUUAAGGAAAUGGAAGAACAACUCUGGAUGCUUCUCCUGUGACUUUAAGUCAAGCUGGCCAGACACUGUGGGUGGAGGCAGGUGCCUUGCUCGGCCCUGCCUUGAGCGGAGCAGGAGCUCCGGACCCCAGCACCAAAGGCCGAGUGGUUCCACAGGGUAUCUGGUAGCAGCCGAGGGAAGACUUGGGAAAGCCACAGUUCUAGAAUUCGGCCGGGGCAAUUAAGAAGACCUCAGCUGCAACCGCCACUUUCCUGGAUGUGCCAAGUGGCGGUCUACUUGCUCCUGAGGAAAGCGCAUUCAUUGCUUUUGUGAAAACAAAGUCUGUUACCUUUUGUUUGUAAAUGUACUUUGCUUUUCCCCACUAGAUGCAAUUUUGCAUUCUUCUGUGUGCCUGGCACUCUUAAAGGACACUUUUGAAUGUUGCUGGUGUAUGAGCUGUCAAGAAUGUAAUCCAGCUCCAAGAUUUAGCAUUGAAAGCUCCCUGGACAGGCAUUAAACCAAACUGUAUCCUGAGGCAAGUCAAAAUGAACUCUGAAGAAUGUAGCCAGAAAGUUUUCUUGUGCCUCUGCAAGUCUCUUGCACGUCAUUCACAGAGCAAAAGCAUGUUACAAAUGUGGUCACAACCAUAAGCUGCCUAGUGGGUUCUCCUUCUAAAUGGUCAGUUUCUGUUUCUGGUUUUCCUCAAGGAUGCCUGCAAAUACUGAUGGAUUUGCCUUGUUAUUCCUACCAUGGAAAAUUGCACUGCAGAAAAUACAUGUGGACUUACUCUGCACCCCUCCUCCCAGUGUUUUUCUGUUUGUCUUAAAAUGAGACUUUGAAGCAAGACUCAUCGCCACCAUUGAACCCUCUCUGGAUGGGGUGGUACAAAGAAGGCUGCUUUCAGUCUCCUCUUCGAGAACCUUACGAUGCCUCCCCCCUCCCCCCCCCGCGAUUUAUUGCAUCCUAAAAGAAGACAUUUAUUUUUCCUCUAAGCAAAUGGCAACUUCCUGUAGCCCAGGGACAGUGAGACGAGCUUUAAGCAGAACCCUCUCCAGGAAUUCUUGCUCUGGGCUUCCAGGGGGGCAGGCAGGGUUGGAGAAGGAGUGUUGGUGAAAGGGAGAUGUGCGAGGAACAAGAGGCAAAUGCCUUGAGAGUGAAAAGUAUGUAGAGCAGGGAAAAAACCUCCUGUCUUGUUUCCUUGCAAUGAUGAUCUGUAACUUUGGAUAAAGUUUGCAUUAUAUUAAGAUCCUCUCACCAAAAAAUUAUUUUAUC